GCGUGUAUGCGCGUCUCUGUGCUCGUGUUUGUGUUUAUUUUUGUGUAAUUUCUUGCCAACAACAAAAAUGGCCGCGGCAACAGAUGGAUCUGCAAGGGCGGCCGCAGCAGCAGCGUCGACGUCCCCCCGGACUUCAGCAUCGGCAGCAUCCAAUGGCAGCGGGAUGGGGGCCAAGCAUGCCCCUUCCGGUCCCUCGGCGGUGGCUGCGGCUGGAGCCGCCUCCUCCCCCGCCGGCCUGCCCGCCUCAGUGUCUCAUUUCUACUACAAACAUGGCCUCUUCCUGUCCAGCUACCCGACGUGCGCCUCCAGUAUUGCCUUCAUGGCGAUUUUGCUCUCGUGUUACCCUCUGAUCAACAUACCGCUGCCCGGGACAAUACCAACAAAAAUAGUGCUGCCCUAUGAGCCGGAGACCUUGACGACUUACAACUUGAGUGGCUCAAGUGUGACCCCAACAACGCCCCCAGCCAAAGCAGGCGAAGCCCCCGGUACCGCGCCACCCAUCAAUGUUACCGCUUCUGACCGCGGCCUGCCUCCACUUCUUCCAUGGGCGCAGACUAGUCCCGCCUUCUUCUAUGUGCAACAGAUAACUCUGCGUGCCAGUGUGCUGCCCUGGACAGAGGGGAUGCAGCUGAUGGAUGCGUUUCGAGCGCCACUCUACGAAGUAUUCAAAUUGCUCGAAAUUGUGCGCAAUCACCAGAGUAGUGAGAACCAACGCACUCUGGAACACAACUGCCUGCAUGUGGAGAACGUGAAACGCGGGGCUCAUGGGCAACUGGAUCAGAUCUUUCCGGAAUACGGCUGCCUCUUGCUCUCGCCCGCCAAUCUGUGGACGCAGAAUUCCCAGAACUUCACUCGGGACACGAACAUUCUGAACACUGUGUUUCAGUAUCAUAAUCUACAAAAAUCUAAAGUUUCCACCGCGGAAAUGCUUUUUGGGCUGCCCAUGCAGGACACUGGAUUCAAACGCUACCCACUCCGAGCUCGCUCGCGUAUCAUCCAAUACGCCCUUACGCUGGUUCUUAAGCAUAACGACGUAGAGUACCUGAACACUUUGAAGGAGAAGCUUCUUAGUCACUAUCCCCCUCUGCCAGUGCCUCCGUCUGCCUCCGCCUCCGCGUCGCAAGAGCAAGAGCAGUCUACGAUAACCUAUAUAUUUUACCCGGCCGAGUACAGAAUGUGGGAGCUGGUGCCCUACACCGUGGCCUUCGUGCUGGUGUUUGCAUAUGUAUAUUUUUCGGUGCGCAAGAUUGAUGUCUUCCGGUCCCGCUUCCUACUGGCGUUGUGCAGUGUUUUCACCACGGCAGGCAGCCUGGCCAUGUCACUGGGACUAUGCUUUUUUUUCGGGCUAACCAUCUCGCUGCAGUCAAAAGACAUCUUCCCAUACCUGGUCAUAUUGGUGGGCUUGGAGAACAGUCUAGUUAUAACCAAGAGCGUAGUGUCCAUGGACGAAACCUUUGACGUAAAAAUCCGUAUAGCUCAGGCCUUGAGCAAAGAGGGAUGGCACAUUUCGAAGACGCUUCUCACGGAGAUCACCAUUCUGACUAUUGGCCUCGCCACUUUCGUGCCAGUCAUCCAGGAAUUCUGUAUCUUUGCCAUAGUCGGCCUGCUCUCGGACUUCAUGUUGCAGAUGCUGCUCUUCUCCACAAUUCUGGCCAUGAACAUUAAGCGGGCCGAGUACACGGCGGAAGCCAAACACCUGCCUAAGAUGAUGCUGAGCUGUACCCAGGGAUCAGGUCGCCAGGAUUUCCGCUUUUUCGGGGCCGCCUCCGUCACACCUUCUUACAUGCCUGGGACUUUCCAGCGAUCACAAUCGCACCCCAAACUUUGCUUUGCGGAUGCUGCAGUCGUUAGUGAAAGGACGAGUGUAGGCAACGGCCACUCUGCGCAGGAGCAGCGCAUCCCAAAGCGCAUAAAGAUAGUCAACUUUUGGGCACGAACUCGGUUUUUCCAACGCGCGUUCAUGAUCUGGAUGAUCGUGUGGAUCUGUUCAAUAGUGUACAACUCGGGCUGCCUGGAACAGCUUUUUAGCUUGGAAAAUAAUGGAACUCUGACAGCCACAUUGGAACUACAGAGGCGCCUCCAAGCAGGCCGCGGGGCUGUCAGUAGCUUCUUUCAGGGAUGGCAGGCUGAGGAGCAGCGCACAUCUUCAAAUCCGCUCAGUAGCAGUGCGUAUCUAACUCCAAUGGACCCUGGCGCGAACGAGAUCAAUGAAACAGCCGAGGAGCUGAUGCGGCUCCGAUACCCCAACUUCGAUCUCAACUACUUCCUAUCCAAUUUUCACUGGGCCGCGAUCAUGAAGCAAUACAACAUCUCCUUGUCUGGGCACUACGUGACUCUGUUGCCCACUAUUCGUCUGAGCCACGCCAUUGCGCCAGAGCUGGCCACGCUGCUGCGCAAUCCACAGGAGCAGCUUCAGCAAAACUUCCAAUGGAAAGCCCUAGCCGCCGCACUGGACCCUUUGGACUUCAACGACGACGACGUGCGACGAGAGUCACCUAUGGUGAUGCCUGGUGGAGUGCCGCUGGUGCCGAAGAGUCCAAUGGAGAUAUUCUUUGCCAUCCUGUUGUGUUGCAUCAGCAUUUUCGUGCUCUGCUACACAAUGGUCGUUUUUUAUAGAUGCAUCUGCACCCGAAACUAUGCCGAAUGGCGGUCCAGCUGGCACGAGUCAGAGGCGCCACAUAAGCAGACCGAACAGAUACUCGAGGGCGUGCCCACGCAGAUUGCCGGUCACAAGCACCGCAUCGAGUGCCUGGCCUCCGAUGGAGCUUACAUUAUCAGCUGCUGUCUUAAGGGGCAGCUCCGGGUUUGGGAUGCGCGCAGUGGGGAGAAACUGGCAAGCAUUGCACGCUCGGACAUGCAGAUCUCACAACAACGUCCCGACGGGCAGACUCUUGUGAGAAGGCUUCCCGUAUCUCCGGUUUGGUGCUUGGAUUACUUUGACAAUCUCAUCGCUGUGGGAUGCGCAAACGGACGUGUGGAGCUCUGGGAAUCGCCUGCCGGUGUGCUCAAGUGCGCCUACCAGGAGGAUGCCAAGCGCAACCAAGGCAUCACCCACAUUCACCUGAACGGGGAUAGAGUAAUUGUUGCGCGGCUCAAUGGGCGCCUCGACUUCUACCGUCUGGAGACCUACUACAAGGGCAAACAGAUAGACUGGGGCUUCACCUCCGCUUAUCGGCGCACUCACGUGCGGACUGGAUCCACUGGUAGCAUAGGACUGAUGGUGCAGCAACAACGCUACCAGCAGGAUGCCGGCCAGAACACCGCUAAAGAGGAGAUGAAGAUAACUCUAGAAGGUGUGCGGUUGGCCCACCAACAGCCCAUUACCUGCAUGCAGGUGGUUAAUGACAUGGUCUUUACAGGAAGUCAGGACCACACUCUUAAGGUUUACAGCCUAAACAAAUCCGACGUGGAGUACACGUUGCAUGGGCACUGCGGUCCCGUCACUUGCCUGUUUGUCGAUCGCUGGCAGCCCGGCACCGGUGGAUCAGGCUCGCAGGAUGGCCUUCUGUGCGUCUGGGAUCUGUUUACUGGUGCUUGUAUGUAUAACAUCCAGGCCCACGAUGGCGCCGUCAGCUGCCUGGCGUGUGCCCCCACCUACGUGAUCUCACUGGGGACGGACGAGCGGAUCUGCGUGUGGGAACGAUUCCAGGGCAAUUUGCUGACAACUAUUAACAUAUCCAACGCGUACUCCAGCCUGCUUAUGCUGACGCCGUCGCUCUUGGUUACCAGCAAAAUGGGAUCGCUCAUAGUGUGGGAUGUGCGAACAGGCCAGCCGGCCCGUGAGGUCAAGUUGGACUUCUCCAACCUCCAACUCUGCCCCAAAAUCAUGAUGCUGGCCUGCGACUCGGUGAUCUGCGACUACGGGAAUGAAAUCCGUGUAGUCCGCUUCCCCAUCGUUGCGGACAAGUGUCACUAAGUCUAAUCUGUGAAUCUUGGACCGGAGCUGGCUGGAGCCUAGACUUUAGCUCGAUGCAUUCACCCAUUUAGUCGUUGUUUGCGACCCCAAUAAUCUUGGGUAACAUUAGGUAGUGACGAUGUGUAUCCAAGGCUUGGCCAUGUGGAGUAGCCUUCGUUAAGUUUAAAAAAAAAUAAUAUGUUUAGACCAAAGCCAUGAUCGGCGAAAAGAACAUUUAGUUAUUUCACGUUUGUUGCACUGACUGCCUUGGCCUAUCCUUUGAAAGUACACACACUUGUCACUCAUUAGUUUGAAUUUACGGACACUAGCGUUUUAGAUGAUCGCUGCAUACCGACAAGGUUAACGAGCUACACUAAAUGAACAAUAUAUAUAAUAAUAUAUUUUUGCAUAACUGUAUUAGCCACGCAGUGUCUUAAACGCCUAAGCAUAACGAUAACUGAUUUAACUUUUACUAAAAAACUUUAUUUAUUAGAGCACCUACGCUUAAUUUUCAAUGUGAAAAGUAAAACUUGAAACAAAAUAACCGCCAUUUGUUUUUCUAUGUACACUACCCUUCGUCCCCAUUGCUAUUACACUGCUUUAAAGCGCACCAAACUAAGUUGCAUUUAAACCUACUUUAGUUUUUUAUACAAAAUGGGUUUUCGAAAAAAUAAAAAAAAUAUAUAAGCUAAGUUCAUAAAAUCCCAAUAAAACCCUUACUGUGUUAUGCUAAUAAAUUAGGCUAAACAAAUUGACUUUCAUACAAUCA